AUGGCUCCCUCUGCUACUGCCACCGUUACCGAGACUCCGGCUCUGCCGCAGCAUCUAAAGACGACUCGAUUCUUCGGUGCGUAUAAGGAGAUUGCUCCUUACAAGUACAAUAAGGAGGCCGAGGAGGGCAAGACAGGACUUAAGGCCGCAAAGUACCCCAACUACUUGCCAACAUGGAACCCCCAGCAAAAGUACGAGCCCCUAAAGCCCUUUGAGCACUACGAGCACGGCAAAGACGCCGACACCACAUACCCCGACCUUCUCCCUGAAAGCGCCAAUAUCGUCGACCUAACGCCCACCAUCGGAUCCGAGAUCCGCGGCGUCCAACUAAGUUCCCUAAGCGACGCCGGCAAGGACCAGCUCGCCCGCUACGUAGCCGAGAGGAAGGUCGUCGCAUUCCGCGGCCAGGACUUCGCCGACCUGUCCAUCGACAAGGCCCUCGAGUUCGGCGGCUACUUCGGCCGUCACCAUAUCCACCCGACCUCCGGCUCGCCCGAGGGUCACCCGGAGAUCCACCUCGUGCACCGCGGGGAGGGAGACAAGGGUUACGCCGAGUUCUUCGAGAAUACCGUUAGCUCGGUGGCCUGGCACUCGGACGUGUCGUACGAGCAGCAGCCGCCCGGAACGACGUUCCUUUACAUCCUCGACAAGCCUGAGACUGGUGGCGAUACCUUGUUCGUGAACGCCGUCGAGGCGUAUAACCGUUUGAGCCCGCUGUUCCAGGAGCGUCUGCACGGCUUGAAGGCCACUCACUCCGGAAUCGAGCAAGCCAAUGCUUCGAGCGCAAGGGGCGGAAUUAGAAGACGAGAGCCCGUUGUCAACGCGCAUCCUAUCGUCCGAACACACCCGGCGACUGGCGAGAAAGCGCUCUACGUGAACCCCCAAUUCACCCGCAACAUCGUCGGCCUCAAAAAGGAAGAAUCCGACGCGAUCCUCAAAUUCCUCUACGACCACCUAGCCUACGGCGCCGACUUCCAGGCGCGCGUCAAAUGGGAAGAGGGCACCGUCGUCGUCUGGGACAACCGCGUGACGCAGCACUCGGCGCUACACGACUGGAAGACCGGGCAGCGCAGGCAUUUGGCGCGUAUUACGCCGCAGGCGGAACAGCCGUUCCAGACGCCUUUUGAGUCGUGA